CACAAACAUGUGCAGGACCAAUUUGACCACAACAGAACAUGGACGCCUUCGUGUUGAGAAAGAGGAAGCGGGUUGAAGCACCGCAAAAGCCCGCACCGCCACUGUCUACAGCUUUUCAGCACGUCUCAACACCAGAACAGGAAGAAGAAUCUACAGAUUUCAAAUUGGCUAUAUUGGCUUCACUGCACCCGGUUGCCGACGAGGCAACGUUACUUGAGGCAUUGCUGGCUUCGGAUGGGUCUGUCGAGAAAGCAUCUACUUGCCUCACACAGAGCACACUUGCAUCUCCAAGAAAACGAAGUGCGAACGCUGCUACUGGAUAUCAAUCGUCACUAUCAUGUUUUCGUUUAAAUCCCGAUGAUAGUGGACUUUCAAAAAAGCCUUUGGUCAAGAAAGGCAAGACCCUCUUCCUGUUCAGUCCCGAAGACAUCGAGCAGAAUACACCAUGCUCCAUCAUCCAUAACUUUCUGCCGCCCCAGCAAGCAACUUCGUUAUUAAAGCAACUGCUCGAGGAGACGCCAACGUAUCAGAGUCUCGAGUUCAAGCUGUUCGAUCGCGUGGUGACCAGCCCUCAUACGUUCUGCUUCUACGUCAAUUCUUUUGCCGAAGCCGAGGAGCAGAAGACAGAGUACAUCUAUGAUGGUCGCAAAAUCGAGAGUGUCCAGCAAACUCUACCAGAGAUGCUCAACGCAGCCCCCCAGGUCGAAGAAGCAGUCAACCGCGAAAUACAACGUCGGAUCCGAGACUUCUAUCCCAACGGCGAGAAGCUAAAAUACCAAUCUCACCAGCCCUGGAAAGCCAACACAGCAUUCGUAAACUGCUACGACGGCCCACAGGAGCAUGUUGGCUACCACGCCGACCAAUUGACGUAUAUUGGCCCACGCGCUGUCAUCGGCAGCCUGAGCCUUGGAGUCGCGCGCGAAUUCCGCGUCCGCAAGAUCCAUGCCGAAGACGACAAGUACCGCAAAGACGACGGCUCUCUAGCAGACGCCCAAGGGCAGAUCUCCAUUCACUUGCCGCACAAUUCGCUACUGAUCAUGCAUGCCGAGAUGCAGGAAGAAUGGAAACACUCCAUUGCCCCUGCACAAGCUAUUGACCCGCACCCUUUGGCAAAGAACAAGCGGCUCAAUAUCACCUACCGGUUCUACAAGGACAGCCUGCACCCGCGGUACACGCCCAAGUGUAAAUGCGGCGUAUCCACUGUGCUGCGCUGCGCUACAAGGAAGAAAGAGUCUCGGGGCCGGUACAUGUGGAUGUGCCACACAAACUACAUCCCGGGACAAGACGGAUGCUCGUUCUUCCAGUGGGCCGAGUUUGAUGACGAUGGAGAGCCACCCUGGGCCAUGACGGCAAGGGCUGAUCGCGAGAGACCGGUCAAAGAGCAACAGGCUUCAGCGGACGGCGAGAAGACUGCAGUGGUCACAUGAGACUACUGUGACUUUGAAGUACCGAAUCGAGCUCAAUGCAACAUUCAAUACCCACUCGGACAUCAUAGAAUCCUUAGGUGCUUCGCACCACGCGA